AUGAUGAACCACCGCAGAGGAUCUACACCCGCGAAAGGUGCGCACAAGUCCAGGUACUGGCAUUUAGCUACAACGGUCCUUUGCUUCUUCAUCGUGAGAAUAACAACCUUCUAUGUCAUACACAUUCUACAAGGAAGUGAAUACAAAUACAUUGACCAGUUAAUAGCUCUUGAAAGGGAAGGGAAUAACCAACAUGGAGCUCUCCACAAAAGAGGACAUCUAUCCCAGCCAACAGAGAGGAUACAUUAUUUCAACUCCGAACAAAUGAACAGUACAAAGGAUCUGCAAGAAUAUUUUCAAAGGAACAAAAGAAAUGGAAAAAUAAAACAGUUUUUACUAAAAAAUGAUUCCAUGCAUUAUUCAUUCAAUUCAGAUUUAUAUAAUUUAAAGUACAUCUAUGAAAGUGAUAUUUUGGGACGCCUCUCUGCAGAUGUGUAUUCCUCACUCACUGUGCGAAUUAACCCUCUCCUUCUUAAAGCGUUGCAGUUUGUGCUUUUUCGGGAGAUUCCUAUUAAAAGUGGGAUCACAAAAGGGAAUAGGAACGGUAGAAGUGGUGAAGGUGCUACGUCCCGAGGGGUAGAACCUUUCUCGUUGAAUAGACCUGAAUUACGUUUCUUCCUCCUCAUCUGCGCAGUCGACCUACUUAUAGGCGUGCUCCUAUUCCUAAUAACGCAACGCUUGGCAAGAUGGGAAGUCUACUUCCGCUAUGUUAAUGAAGACACCAGAGACGCACAGUGGAACCUGAUAGACCCAAUUCUGCUUAUGAAUAUUUACCUGAACAAUCCCCUCACGAUCCUAUCCAACAGUUUCCUCUCGUUUGAUAAUUUUAAGCUCCUCCUAAUAACUACAUCUUUUUAUUUAACCCUUAGAAGAAUCAGAAGCGAAGCCUCGCCCCCCCAAUCGUCUACACCAAACCUUAUUGCAAUCCUCUUUGUAAAUGCCAUGCUUCUCUACAUCACAUCCUUUCACUUUAUCCUUGUUCUCAUUGGUGUAAAUCACCUUUUGAUUUACAUCCACCAGGGGAUAAUGUACAAGUACAAACUUAAGGUUCCACUUAACUUCCUACAUAUGCUUCUGAUCCUUCUGCAAAAUUUGGCUUUGCUCAUCGCCACUCUAGCUCUCUAUGCCCUCCUCCUUCUCGCCUCUGCCUACGUCAAUUCAGGAUCUUUUUCUUUCCUAAACAACACACUAAUUAACGAAUACAAGGUCCUCUUCCUACUUCCCAAUUUGGGGAAUUAUUGGUACCUCUUCUCCACGACCUUCCGGGACUAUUACCAUUCCUUUUUAUUCCUCUUCCAUUUCCACGUAUUUUUCUACCCCCUCCCUCUCCUCUUCCGACUGGUGAAGACACCACUGAUUUAUUUAAAAAUCAUGAUUUCUAUUGCUUUAGUUUUUCAUCCCAACAUAACGGUGAACGACAUUGUAUUUUCUUUGCUGCUGCUCGUAAUUGAUUACAAAAGGACAGUUUAUGCCAUCCCCUUCAUCAAACUGAUAAUCAUAAUGCUGGGAAAUUUGGGGCUCUUCUUUGUCACAACAAAUUUGUGGUUGCGCAAAAACACGGGUAAUGCCAACUACGUCUUUUUUAACCAAUUGAUCGUUUUCAACAUAACGACUUUUAUCAUAACAAGUAGCAUAAAAUUUUACAUCCGCGUCCAAACGCCGGAGAGACAACUGCAGGAGGGAAAAUGCAUCGUCGUAUCGAAGGAGAAAACCAAGUUCAACCUUUUCCAAACUUUGAAGGAGACAUUUGUGUAG